ACAGCUAGAUCAACAAAUGCUUUCACGACACUGAAUCAGUUUACGGCAGGGCUGAGUAAUCGUUGCCAAACUUCAAAAUAAAUGUCAGGAAAUUCAAUGUGAUCUGAUACUGCCUCCCGCAUUAGUGGUAUCCUAGCAACGGAAGAAGAAAGCUCCGAAACAUUUCCUUCUUGCAGUCGACAUAUAUCAGAAAGCAGAAUGUUGAGAAAAGGGGUGAAAGUGCUUUCUACAAAGACCCAAUCUGAAGAUGCUCCAGAGAGCCAUGACGUGCUGCCAGGGAAGAAGUCGCACUCCCCUGAGGCUCAACGCAUCUUGAACAUAUUAGAGAACUGCAUCAGUCAAAUUGAGUUUGCAGCAACUCUGCCAUGCAUUCUCAAGUUAGGCAGUGUGUCAAGUGAUGUAGACAAGGGGUUGAGUAGAGCACUUCAAGAGCAUCAAACACUGUCUGAAAGACUGGAGACACUAGAGGGUCUCAAGAAUAAGUCCAAUGGAGAGCAAGAGGGAAUAGACGGGAAAGAAAGCGCUCAGCUUGAAGAGGACUUUCAGAACUCUUUCAGGAAUCUGCUCAGGCUUGUGCGAGUCCAUCCAGAAGCCAUUUCUUAUUUGAGGGCAGAGCAGAAAAUGGAAGCAGGGGAGAGUGAGUCCAUACUAAUUAAAGAGCUAAAAAAGUUUCACAGCCAUGCAAAGGACAAGUUGCUAACCAGUGUUGAUGAGGAGUUACAGCAAGUCCUCUGCAAGUCUUCAUCCUCCAACCACUUGGACAACAUAGAUUCACAGGAAGGAAAAUUAGAUGCAGAUUUAAAGAAAGUCAAUGAACAGAUUUCUGAGAAAAAUAUACAGAUUGAAAAUUUGCAGAGUUUACUGGGGGAGAAAAACACUGAGGAGGCUGGCUUGACAAUUCCUGACAGUCACCAGACACGUGCCACCGGAUCAAAGAUGAGCCGUUUCCAAAAGGAAAUUGACCAAGUAAAAUCACAGCUAAACAAUGAGAUGUUUGAACAGAGAAAGGCAGAGAGAGAAAUACAGGAGAAAAGUGAGGAACUGGAAACAGAAAUUGAACACUUGCUUCAAACUUUUGACAAUGAUGCAGGAGAAAUCCAGGCCCGCCUGGAGUUGAAUGAAAUUAAUUAUAAAAAGGAGUUAGAGGAGCUGAGGGAACUGGAGAUGCCGUUUUCAGUCCUUGAGGUGGAGUUCAAUCAAAUCCAAGAGAAGAAGUAUUACCUUGAGGAAGUGAAGAUGAAGGAGGAGAUGAGGGAGCUGGAGCUGAAGACCAAAGCUGCUAUCUAUGCCCAGGCCUGGUGGAGAGGCUACUGCGUCCGCAGAACUUUGAAGAACAAGGGAAAAAACAAAAAGGCCAAAAAAGGCAAAGGCAAGAAAACCAAAUGAACUAACUACUACUCUGAUGAUACAGUGACAUAUUCUACCCAAAGUAACCUGCAUUAAGCCCUUUUGUCGGUCCAGUCUUCUACACCUGACUGUUUGGCUUCACCCACACCUUCAGAUGUGCAUAUUCCUUCUUUCUCGGUUUGGCUUUCCGCAAUUUAAGUUUUAUGGAGACCUGUACGUAGAAUAUUACACCCAUCAAAAGUGUUUCUUCUU